UUUUAGGAACGCAGCAGAACGCAGGAGAGUCACUCGAAUAAAGGCGCUGAGAUCCCGGAUUGUCGGGCACCGAUUGACGUCAUUGAUAGGCGGCCAAGAUGGUUGUCAAUGUUGAUAAGUGGUUUGGUUACACGGGGAAUCAGUAAUAAAGCCGCGACUGAUACAGGCCUGACGCGAGCGGAAUUAUGUCUGUGAAAUAAGAGGCCCAACUCGCGGACAAGGAAACAGGGGGCCGUCAUCGAGGUACGGGAUGGCGGACGGUGAAGAUGCGGAACAAGAGAUCCGCCGAGCCUUGGAUGUCGUUCAAUCCAUGAUUGACAUCUCCGCUGAUCGACUCGAAGGCUUGAGGACCCAAUGUUCUACCAGCGCGGAACUCACGCAACAGGAAAUUCGCACGCUCGAGGGGAAGCUCAUCAAAUUAUAUUCGAAGCAACUAGUAACCAAAGCCAAAAUGGCUGUAGAAGCAUUGCCUGCAGAGAUGAGACAGUAUCCAUCUUUGCAGCAAUGGUUGCGUGUAGUGGGACUUACACAAGAAUCUAUACAGAUGGUAUGUUCUAAAGCUAACUCACUUGAAGCUCUCAAAGAGAAAUCUGAGCACGAGUUGGGUAGUAUGUUGGGGGAAAAUAAUGUUAGGCAUGAAGAAGAACUACGUAGACUCUGUAGGGCAUUGCACAAUCUUCGUCGGUAUAUGGAUGUUCUCUUAAAGGGAGAUAUGGAUAAUAGUGAUAUGAAUUUGUAUUGGGAUUCCUGGGAUAGACACCAUUUACGUACUGGAGCAUCUCCUAGGCCUGCCCGAUCGCGUGCAACAAGAUGUUCUGUUCCUUCAGAAGACAGCAUUCCAUAUCAUAACAACAACAAUAAUCUUAACAGUGAUAUAUUAGCACAAGCUUCUUCCGUUACGUCUUUAUCGUCGACUAGUCCUCCUUCUACCCCUCUUUUACACAGGUCAGGACGUGGAAUUAAAUUUCCAACAACUCCCCCUCCCUGUAAGAAACAUCAAAUAGGUUUACAGAAUACAAUAUCACAACCAGAAGUGUUUCCAUUGACUAAGUCAAAAUCUCAUGAAUCGCAAUUAGCAAACCGUCUUGAAAAUGGAGAUACCGCUUCAAGUUGUGGAAAUGAUCCUGUUGGCUCUGUGGGAAGAAGAAAUCGUCUGCCUACAGAGACAGGAUCUUGUAGCAGUAACGCAGACAUUACAGGGGAAAGUCUGUUGCUGAAUAGUAAUAGUCCUAUUAAGUCACCACCAUACUCUAGUGCAGAAAGCGAUGAUAACAGUUUUAAGGGAACAGUAACAAGUCUCCAAGUGCCAAAGUCACCGCGUACUCCGACUGUAACCCGGGGAAUGGGCCAUAUAAUUGCUCACCGCUUUACCAAAACGUUUAAAAUGAUGACGACGUGCGAUUAUUGCGAGAAGCAAAUGUUUAUGGAUACCGGUCUGAAAUGCAAAGAGUGUAAAUAUAAGUGCCACCGGGAAUGCGAAUCUAAAGUACCUCCUUCUUGUGGCCUACCUCAGGAACUCUUUGACGAGUUUAAAAGAAGUGUACAAGGCGACGGAAUGGUAAAUGUUUCUCCAAUAUUGAGUAAACCUGGUAUUACGUCUCCCAAUCACCAUAAUUCAAAUUUGUUGAGCUCUUUGAACCGAAGGGAUCGAAAACGAUCGCAUCCACAUUCUUCUGUGAACAUACCUUUUCAGGCCGCGGAUUCUAGUUCAAAUACCUCGAGCUGCAACAGCUCAACGCCUUCUAGUCCAGCUUUGCUACCUGCCAAUACUAGCCAAACUCCACAGGCACCUGCCAAGCAACAAUUUCAUUUUCCAGACGUCGUGCUCAAUGAUAAAGGUAUUACGUUAGAGACCCAUCGACUCGAAGGUACAACUGCGUCGAGUGAUAGCGAGAGAACAGUGAGCGUUUCCGGAUCUGGCAGCGUUAGCACAGACUCUGAACGAACACCCGUGAGGGUUGAUUCUCAAGAUUCUCAGGUCUCCGAUGGAGAACCAGGAGACAGUCGUUGGCCACGACAGAAUAGUUUGUCGAUGCGAGAAUGGGACAUUCCUUACGAUGAAUUGAAAAUUGGCGAACCUAUAGGUACUGGAAGAUUCGGUACAGUGUACAGAGGCUACUGGCAUGGUAAUGUUGCGAUUAAAGUCCUGAACAUGGACUAUUAUUUAGAUGAUGAUAAGACUCUGGAAGCAUUCAAGUUAGAGGUGGCUACAUUCCGAAAAACUAGACAUGAAAAUCUAGUUUUAUUUAUGGGAGCUUGCAUGAAGCCUCCUCGCUUGGCGAUAGUGACUAGUAUGAGCAAAGGCAUGACUCUUUACACUCACAUUCAUCUACGUAAAGAUAAAUUUAAUAUGAAUAAAACUACUAUCAUCGCUCAACAGAUUUCUCAGGGAAUGGGAUAUCUUCAUGCUCGUGGUAUAAUUCAUAAAGAUCUCAAGAGCAAAAACAUAUUUUUAGAGAACGGGAAAGUUGUAAUAACCGAUUUUGGAUUGUUUAGCGUUACAAAACUUUGUUACGGAAACAGGCAAGGAAAUGCAUUGAGUAUACCGCCUGGAUGGUUGUGUUAUUUGGCUCCUGAAAUUGUUCGACGACUGAGACCGCAACAGAAUCGGGAUCAGGAAGAAUUACCAUUUACAGAAGCUUCUGACGUUUAUGCAUUUGGGACCGUGUGGUAUGAACUUUUAUGCGGAGAAUGGCCCUUUAAAGGACAACCUCCUGAAGCAAUCAUUUGGCAAGUUGGCAAAGGGAUGAAGCAAACUUUAGCUAAUUUACAAGCAUCCCGUGAUGUAAAGGUGCAGUUACAUUGAACAUUACAGCGAAGAGCAGCAUUCUAGGCAUCGCCUCU